AUGGUUGGGAUGGAAAGUUUGGCCUACACUAUGUUUCCCUUGAGGCCUGAACAGGCUUCCCCUCUCCCGUAUAUCCUUGAUGUUGAAAAACUUAUCAACCGUCCGCGACAAGAUAAAAUGCCAGCCACGGAAACCCCUGCUUCUCUCAUUAGGACCAACCUUGAGUUCAAGUCGUACUCUGAGGAUAGUGACUUUGAGCCGAAGGGGAAGCCUGGGCUAAAUAGUCGCUCCCAGGCUCUGAUCUACCAUCUACACGACAAAAAAAGGUGGAUCAAAGUAACUUUUAAGGGCACAAUUCCCUCUGUUUCUCAGAGUCCAACCGGAGCAAAUCAAAUCAAAUGCGAACGAAGAAAUGAAUUCCAAAACCUAUGCACAAUGACGCACCUGUCUAGAGUUGUCCUUGAAAGUUAA